AUGGAUGUUAAGAGCAUUGUCGAGGAAAAGGAGCUUCAGCUGAAGGAUAUGCUGAACAUCUCCGACGUAAGCAACUCUCUCCAAUGGCUGGCCUGGUAUGUCAAGUCCAUGAUAGUUCUAUUCAUAAUAUCGCUAGCUAUUACUAUAUUUUGGACGAUGAUCGGUAUACCCGGUGAGGAGGGGUCGCCAUUUGCCGACAUGCCCGUUCUCCCAUAUAGCGACUGGUCUGUCUUUCUGUUUUGUCUGCUUGUGUGCAGUCACUCUUUCAUAUGUUUCGGCUUCCUGGUCAGCUGCUGCUGCGCUCGCAGCAAUUGGUGUGGCAUCAUUGCCAUCCUUCUGUUCAUGGCCAGUAGUGGGCCCAAUUUUGUCACGAGCAGAGACAGUACUGGAACACUGUUGAACAUCCUGUGCAGCAUUUUCGUCGUGUCAGCCAUGAACAUGGUCAUGGAUCGAAUUAUCUUAUGGGAAUACGAGGGUUUGGGCCUGCACUGGAGCAAUCUCUUUCAGACGUCAUGGGCCCGUGACAGCAUAAGCCCUGAUCUCGAUCCUCAUCUGCCUGUACAUGGAGCGGGUGAGGCCAGGGGAGUUUCGCAUGCCACAGCCAUGGAAUUUCCCGUGCACCAAGCGCUUCUGGUGUCCGACCAAGAACAUACGACGAGUAGUACCAAUAUCCCCGGGUUGUUCCUGGUGCAACCCACCGACGAGGAGCGACGUUCUGCGGAUAAGUCUCCAGAGCGUAAGACCUCCAAGUUCGUGGAUGCCAGCGCCAAAGGCAAAACCCCUGGUGUACAAAUAAAAAAUCUCAGCAAAAGCUUUGGCGAACGGCAGGUGGACGCUGGCCUCACAUUCGAUUUGUUUGAGAACGAGAUCACGGUGCUCCUGGGACACAAUGGAGCUGGCAAGACCACGACCAUACAAAUGUUGACGGGCACCAUUCAACCCAGCUCCGGCACGGCGAUCAUCAAUGGCUACGACAUACAAACAGAACACCUCCAGGCCCGUCGAUCCUUGGGCAUUUGUCCGCAGAGAAGCGUCUUCUUUGCUGGUUUGAGUGUAGCCAGUCACCUUCGAUUCUACAGCCGGCUCAGGGGUCUCAAGGGGGCAGCGGUCAAACAGGAGGUGGAAAAGUACUUGCAGAAGCUAAACCUUAAGGAAAAGGCCAACACCGCGGCUCGGCGUCUCUCUGGGGGGACACAGCGUCGGCUUGCGUUGGCCUGUGCCCUGUGCGGCAACGUCAAGGUUCUGUUCUGCGACGAGCCCAGCUCGGGUCUGGAUCUCAACUCGCGGCUGGAACUUUGGAAGCUGCUGCUGGAUGAGAAGCAGGGACGCACUGUUCUGCUCACCACCCACCAAAUGGACGAGGGCGAGGUAUUGGCCGACCGCAUUGCCAUCAUAAGCGAUGGCCGGCUCCGUUGCCUGGGCACAUUGGCGUUCCUCAAGAAACAGAACGAGACCAGCUAUCUGCUCAGCUGCGAGAAGGGACCCAACUGCAAUGUGUCCAGGUUGACCCAACUAAUAGCCGCCCACCGACUGCCGCACCGCUUUUUGGGAUCCUUUGGGUCACUCUUCAACGACUUGGAGCAACAGAAGGAGCAGCUGGAUGUUGUGGGAUUCGGCCUUAGCUCCACCAGUCUUUCAGAAAUAUUUAUGUCGCACGGCGCGGAAGAUCUUGGGGCUCGCACUAGCGGCGGUGGCGGAUCGGUUCAGCAGAGGCAGAGUCAGAGGCAGAGCCAGGGCCAAGAGCAGAGCCGUCAUCCGAACCGUUUCCUGCGCUACCUGGGCCAGUGGGAGGCCAUGCUGCUGAAGAAGCUUCUCUACACAUAUGAUAAGAAAUGGAUGUUUCUGGUUAUCCUGCUGCUGCCCAUAGUCCUCUUCGUUGUAGUUCUUAUUCGUAGGCCAUCGGCGAGCGCACUUCUGGCCAGACUUCCUCUUACUCUGGCCGAUUAUAAUGGUGAGGAGGUCAAAGUAAUAUUGCAAUCAACAUCGGACACUCGCCCUGUGCGGGAUAUAGCCAAUGCCUACCAAGAGUUGGCCCAGCAGCACUGCACCGUCGAAAGAAUUAGCCAGAAUGUAAUAGACUACAUCGGCCCACAGGUGCAAGGAACGCCCGCGAGAAUAUACGAAAUGAAGCAACGUCUUAUAGCGGCAGCCACCUUCGACCAAGAAACAAUCGUCUGGUGUAGACAGCGUCUGUUCCCGCAUAGUGCUCCUGUGUCGCUCAGCCUCGCGUUCAACGCCAUGGCGAAAGCGAUGGUGGGUCCCGAGGCGAGCAUAGAGGUAACCAAUGCCCCCUACGAAGGGUUGAGUCAAGUUGAGAAUCGAAUGAUAAUGAUUGAGAGCGCCAGCAUUUAUGUUUUGCUAUAUCUGUCCAUUGUCCUGGCGAUAUUCUCCAUCUCAGUGGCGCAGGAGAGGGUAACGCAGAUACGGAUGCAGCAGCAGGUGUCUGGCGUGAGCUUGGCCACCUACUGGCUGACCCACUUUAUCAUCGACUUGUCCCUCUACUUUGCGUUUGCGCUGACACUGAUACUGGCGGUGCACGAGUUGUGCCAUCCCGGGGAGAUGCUGUCGAUACUCAUGAUCAUCGGAGUGGCGGACAUUCUGGAUUGGGUGGAGGUGAGGUUUAUGCUUAUUUCUGGUAUUUGCUACUUUUUGUGGCUGAUUUUUGGCGAAUACAGUACCACGUUGUGGUAUAUUGUGGUAUAUAUAUAUAAAUAUUUUGGUCGUUUUUGUAAACAAAAUGCAACAAUCAAUGAUGAAGAUGAAGACGUGACUGCUGCGGCCGAAAGGAUAAGUAAAAUGUCGAGCGAGGAUCGCAAGGAGCAUGCUUUAGUGCUGAGCCGGGUCUCAAAGAGAUACUGCUGCAUGGCUGCCGUACGUGGAAUAUCCUUCGCUGUCCAGCCGGGCGUGUGCUUUGGUCUGCUGGGUGCCAACGGGGCCGGUAAAACGACUACCUUCAAGAUGAUUGUGGGCGACAUUGCCAUGACGAUGGGGAGUAUUCACGUCAGAGGCUGCAGCAUGAAAUCCGCCCCCAUCGCAGCGAGGCGGCAUAUCGGCUACUGUCCCCAGCACGACACGCUCUUCGACUUCUGCACAGGCCGUCAAACACUCAGGAUCUUCCUUUUGCUGCGCGGCACACGCCGGAAUCUCCUCAAAAAAGUCUCGGAAAAGCUGGCCACCGACUUUGGCUUUUUUGCGCACCUCGACAAAAAGGUCAAGGACUACAGUGGCGGCACUAAGCGAAAGUUAAACGCAGCGGUGGCCGGUGAGGGCUCAUCGCUCAUUUGUCUGGACGAGCCCAGUUCUGGGGUCGAUCCGGCCUCCCGGCGCCAUGUGUGGAAUGUCCUCUCCUCGCUGCGGGACAAGGGGAAGGCGGUGCUGCUCAGCUCUCAUAGCAUGGAGGAGGUGGAGGCCCUCUGCACGCAGUUGGCCAUUAUGGUGGAUGGGCAAAUUCAUUGCCUGGGAUCCCAGCAGCGCAUCAAGAAUAAGUUUGCCCAGUGUCUGGUGCUCAAGUUACAUGUGGAUACCGGAAGUCUGGAAAGCAUGGCGUACACUGUACUGAAGGUAAAGAAUCAAAUGGAAUCGGACUUUCCCACGGCAUCGCUAGAGGAAGAGUUUGGUGGCAGGCUCACUUACCACAUACCCAUUGCCAAAAUGAGAUGGUCGAGGGUGUUCUCAUACGUUGAGAGAAAUCGCAGCCCUUGGAAGGUGGUGGACUACUCUCUGACGCAGCCGUCGCUGGAAGAUGUAUUUCUGGACAUUGCCAAGAAGAAAGCGAACGAAAAGAAACAACAAAAGAAUCAAAACAGGCAAUCGAAGAGUCGUCCCACCAAAAAGGAUUCUCCGAAAUCUGAUAAAGAUAAUGGCCGCGCCACUAGGGUAACCAAGACAUAGCCCUGUAGAAAUAUAGCGAGUGAAGGCUGGCAGACAGCGAGCUGGCUGUCAUAAGGGAAUUCGACUAAAAUAAAGUGCUUUCGGAGUUCUUUUUUUGA